CUGAUCAGCGAUGUGCGGCGGGUGAGCGUUCGGCUGGAGGAUGGGGACGCGGUAGAGCCGCUGGCUGCGGUGUUCGAUCGUCUGUGCGUCGUCCGCAAUCAGUUGUUCCGCGGCGAGGCGACUUGGAAUAGGUACGUGAAUCGGAGCCAGAUUGAGGGAGGCACAGAGAUACUGGCCUUCGUCGUCCCCGUGCUGGCGGAUCUGAUGAUGGAUAAUCCGGAGGCGUUCGACCGUUCAUCUCGGUAUCCGUCGGUAGAAAGCGAUACGGCAGAGACAGUUGAGGACGUGCUGGACUACUCUAUUGCGGUGAACGUCGACAGGCGAAUCCGCGACGGUCAAGAACGAGUGUAUUCGUCCGCCGAAGUAAGGAAAGAGCUUGGCCUGGACGAUUGA